AUGUCUGGCUUUCAUAUAAAAAUGGAGUUUGACAAUAUUUGGAUAAGCAAUUUUCCUCAUUAUUUUUAUUUCACGAGUGAGAUUAUUUGAUUUUUUUCUAGCUAUCACGCAGGUUCAAUUUGCUUAUUGAUUUUACAGAGCAGUCUUCCUAUUUACAGUGCUUGUAGUAAUAAAAAAAGAUCCGAAGCUCGGCUUUCAAUUUUUUAA